CGAUAUAUCGAGUCAGCAUCAACAAGCCCAACCAGAAGCAGGGUCACGGCACGAAAUUAGUUAAUAUUUACAUUUUUUAAAUUUAAGUAGGCGUCAUUUAAUUUAGUACAUCUUAUACUUAAAAUAAAUAAAAUGGGUUUUGUUCUAUCGAAAUUUCGGAAGGAAAAAUCUACAACUGCUGUUCUGGAGGGUCUGCAAGUGCAGAUACAAGAUCUAGAAAAAUAUGUGAUCAAUACGCAGGAGCGCAAAAGGCGCUUUGUUAGCAACUUUGUUGGCUUCACAAUUGGCGCAUAUAUCGUUGGCUUUGCGCUAUGGUAUUUCUUCUAUUUCCCGCCAACAAUGCAGGAGCGCAUCAUGUACUUGGUGCCGCUGCUCUUGUUCCCAGUGCUCAUUGUUGUCUUGCGUCAAAUGUUUACGUGGUAUUUUCAGCGCAAGCUCAACAAAAAUGGCGAUAAGCUGGCCCAGCUGAAGCAGAAGAAAAACAAGAUAUUGGAGCAGGUCAUGGACAAAGAGACCUAUAAGGUGGCAGUGAAUCUUCUUGAGCGCUUUGGCGAUAAGCAGCAUAAUCGCAUCAGCAGCAAUCAGCUGUCCACCACGUCGCGUAGCAACCCGAGUAGCAACAAUCUGAAUCGAUCGAACGCAUCUUCGCUGCAGCGCACGCCGCAACCCGCAGCUCCAGUCGCACAUCAGCAGCAGCAGCAGCGCAUGUUGGCGCCCUACACGGGCGUCUAUCGGAAUAUGAACAACAAUAUAAAUAGCAGCGUCAUGUCGUCGCAAGUUCAACUGUUAUCAUCGCCGCAGCUGCGUGCUGAGCAGGAGCUGCGCAGGCGUACGCCCUUUCCCGUGGUCGAUGAGAGCUCACGCAGCGCAUUGGAUCGCAUUGUGGACUUUAUUGUAGGCGACAGUCCGCAGAAUCGCUUUGGCAUGAUAUGCAAGGAGUGCCACCGGCAUAAUGGCAUGCUACCCCUGGAGGAAUAUGAGUAUACAACAUUUCAUUGCGCCUUUUGUGGUGUACUUAAUCCGGCACGCAAGGAGCGACCCGUGGCGCCCCGCCUAUCCCUAAACGCAGGGCAUCCACAGACGCCGAAAUCCGCAUUGCAAGGCAAUGACAGCACCGAAAGCGAUUCAUCUGACGAUGAGGAUGAAGAAUUUGAUAACCAGCAUUUAGUGCGCCGCGCGCUGCACGAAGACUUGCCAACGACUGACACCGAUGCGGAGGGUGAGGCUGAUGUGGAAGCUGAUAUGGAAGUUGAUGUGGAUACUGAUGCUGUUGUUAACACAAUGACUGCAACGAAUGUGUUGGAGACUGAAAUUGCAACAGCGGCUGGCGAUGCUGAUGCCAGCGAGACUGAUGCAAAAGAAUAGUUUUUUGAAUAUGAAAACAGUUCGCCGAGUGCGCCAUGAACAGGUUUUUAGGCUACGCGAAGCGUUAGCAUUAAAUAAAAUCAACUUAUUUAUGCAUA